CAAGAUUAACGAAGGAUUUGUUUACAGCUGUUUAGAUAUUGGUGAUGCCUGUCAGACUGCUCAAUACAGUCUGAUCAUUAAGCUACAGCAGUCCGCUCAGAGAGAUAGGCUACACGCCGCCAGACCUGUCCCGUCUCAACUCCACCCUACACGCAGGGGAAGGUGUGAAGAUGUUACAGAAAGGAAGUCAGAAAGAGUCUCUCUUCCUCUGUUUGUUAUUGGUGUCCUGUCCUCCCUUUCUCAGGUCAGAGUACAGUAGUUGUGGAGAGUUUGAGUUCUACAACCAGACCCUCAGUAGCUGCCAGCCCUGCCCACCAUGCCAACCUGGACAGGAGCCCCACAUGAACUGUGGCUAUGGGACUAAGGAUGAGGACUUUGUGUGUGUGUCGUGCCCGCCGGGGAAGUACUCGAAGGGAAAGUAUGAGAUCUGCAGGAGACAUAAGGACUGUGAAGGUCUGUACCGUGCUACAGUACUCAAACCUGGGACACCAGACAAUGAUGCAGACUGUGGACCCUGCUUACCUGGGUAUUACAUCCAGGAGAACCGGCCCAGGAACCUGUAUGGGAUGGUCUGUCACUCAUGUCAAAAUGCGCCGCGCCACACUAAAGAGUGCAUGCUUACCAAAGUUGUGCUGUCAGGCAAAGCCCCCAGUGUCUCAACCAGCAGUACCACCAUGUUCCCUCACCCUCACAAAGACCCCACAGGACAGGGUCACCUAGCAACUGCUCUCAUCAUUGCCAUGUCAACCAUCUUCAUCAUGGCCAUCGCCAUUGUCCUCAUCAUCAUGUUCUACAUCCUCAAAGCCAAGCCCAGCGGACAGGCAUGCUGCUCUGGUCAGGUGGUGAAGGCAGUGGAGGCUCAGACCAACAAACAGGAGGAUAAGAAAGAUGUUCCAGACAAUGUUGUAAUUUUCUCCGAAAAGGAUGAAUUUGACAAACUCAAACCUACGCCUCCGAAGACGGUGAAAAGUGAGAAUGAUGCAUCGUCAGAGAACGAGCAGCUGUUGAGUCGUAGUAUGGAUAGUGAUGAGGAGGCAGCCUUGGAGAGGCAGGGGGCAGCUGAUCCUAACCCCAGCCUCUGUCUCCUGAACCUGGGAACCAAGCCGGACCUCUGCCUGCUUUCCCUGGGGCUCCUCAACAAGGAUAAGACUGGAUCCAACCCCACCAGCCCUAUCAACGCUAACAACAUUAGCAAUAGCAAUGCAAACAUCAUCAAUAACAACAACAAGGCUACAGGGAUUCAGAGCCGGAGGAAAAAGAUCCUGGAUCUGUAUGCUAGAGCCUGCAAUGUGGCCGAGGGUCUAAGUCCUACAGAACUACCAUUUGACUGUCUGGAGAAGGCCAGUCGGAUGCUGAGCUCCUCCUACAGUAGCGAGGCAGCCGUGGUGAAGACCUGGAGACACCUGGCAGAGAGCUUUGGCCUGAAGAGGGAUGAGAUCGGAGGGAUGAGUGACGGCCUGCAGCUGUUUGAGAGGAUCAGUACAGCCGGAUACAGCAUCCCAGACCUGCUCACCAGACUGGUGCAGAUAGAGAGACUGGAUGCUGUGGAGUCACUAUGUUCUGAUGUACUGGGAGGAGGAGAUACAAACACUGUCCCUCUGUCCUCACCACGGUGUGCAAGCGUCUGAC